AUGAUCCGAGUUGUUUUCUUCUGCUUUUGUUUAACAGUUUCAUCUUCUCUCAAGACUCUACACCAACUCAUCAGCUGCAAUCAACCGGAUCUGGACAACUGCACGAUUGGAAACUGUUCGGAGCCACUUGUUGUCAAGAGGACGCUUGCCCCGACUGGGCCAGAGUGGGGCCCUGAGUGGAUGGGAGUCGUGGAGGACAGAGGGCAAUUCAAACCAGUUUUAAAUGUGUCAUGGGAGAUACAAGCCACUGCUAGCAUCAAUGCUCUGCAAGGAUCCCAAAUAUUUAUCCAGGAUGAAAAAACUAAUGAGACCAUAUGCUUGAAGUAUGUGUAUAAAUUACCCAAACCUUUGAAUCGUAACUAUGAAAGAUGGACGUUUACUCUUGACGGUUUGGUGGUGCAGCCUGAGCAUACAUACUUUGUGACCAUUCAUAACAUACCUCAACCCAACUCUGAAGAAUACAGAAUUAUGAAGGAAGUGGUCGUUCCAGAUUACCCACCUCGCACGAUGAUGGUAAAGUUUGUCGGUGGAGGUGUAAUUGGUGCUACUUGUUUGGUUUAUUUCCUUUUGAGGACAUGUACAUCCAUUAAUCCAACCAGCCAAGCUCCAGCUUCCACACCACAAUUUGCAGACAACAACAACGACACCCCACAGUGCACGCAGGGGGAACCACGAAGACGAUUGCUGAUCAUCUACUCCCUGGACCAUCCCUUGUACAAAAACAUAGUCCUGAAGCUUUGCGGUUUCCUUCGUGCGAAAUGUGGCACUGAGGUCAUUUUGGACAUGCUGGACUCCACUCGACUGGGCAUGAUCGGUGGCCUGCAGUGGCUCGAGUGGCAUAAAAGACAGAUAGAAAAAUCCUCAGAUAAAAUCCUCAUUCUGUGUUCCCGAGGCGUACAGGCCAAAUGGAACGCCAUGUGCACCGGCAAACGAAUCCAACUUAAAGAAGACGUACUCUCGACAGUCGGGGAUAUGCUCGUUCCUGCUCUCUGCCUUAUGGUUCCAGAAUUUGUCAAAUCUACAACUUUUGAAAAAUACAUCGUGGCGUACUUCGACGGCGUGUCCUCUGAAGAUGAUGUACCGUCGCCGUUUCACAUCACGAGGCUCUCUGGAGGGACCACAGUGUCAGCCACGAUGAUAGCUGCACAUGGAGUGGGGAUCCCUGUGUUUGUGACUGGGGGGAUCGGAGGGGUCCACAGAGAUGGAGAAAACAGUCUGGACAUCAGUGCAGAUUUGACAGAGUUGGGCAGGACCCCUAUUGCAGUGGUCUCUGCUGGUGUAAAGUCUAUCUUGGACAUUGGCCGAACUCUGGAAUAUCUGGAGACUCAGGGAGUGUGCGUUGCCACAUAUGGAUCAUCAAAUAAAUUCCCAGCUUUCUUUUCUCCCCAAAGUGGUUUUAAUUCACCUCACCAUGUCUGCAACCCAUGGGAAGCUGCAGAGCUUAUAGCCAGUACCUUGUCUCUGGGACUUCAAAGUGGAAUCCUAUUUGCUGUGCCCAUCCCAGCGGAACACGCCGCAGCAGGACAAGAAAUAGAAGAUGCCAUACAAGUCGCUGUAAAGGAGAUAAGUGGUAAACGCAUCACAGGAAGAGAUGUCACGCCAUAUAUUCUGCAAAAGGUCAAUAAACUUACAAAAGGAAAGUCCCUUCGUGCGAACAUUGCUCUCAUUCAUAAUAAUGCUAAAGUUGGCAGUCAGAUAGCAUGUGCACUGUCAAAAAGUCAAAAUGAUAAAUUAAAAAGCGCCACUAAGCAGAAGGAAAACUUGGCUAAAAAAAAUGAUAUUGUUGUAAUUGGGGGAAUAAAUGUGGAUUUUAUUGCUAAAGGAAAAACUGACACGUUGCUUUUUGGACAAACUAACCCUGGUAGUGUUUGCCAGUCAUUUGGCGGAGUAGGACGAAAUAUUGCUGACUCAUUAAGUCGGUUAGGCCACAAUCCCCUGUUCAUCUCGGCAACUGGAACGGAUACACACAGUGAAGCUGUCUUCAAUCACUGCAAACAUAUGAACACAAGUGGUGUGGUUAAGCUCCAUGAUAAGAGCACAGCCACAUACUGCGCUGUUAUCACUGCAAGUGGAGAGCUGAGUCUUGGAUUGGGAGACAUGGACAUUCACCAACAAAUCACAGAACAAUACGUGGCACAGUUUGAAAACACGCUGGCGAGUUCCACACUUGUUUGUCUUGAUGGAAAUCUGCCAGUCACUACUAUUAACUAUGUUUGUUCCUUAGCAAAAAAGCAUAGUAUGAAUGUGUGGUAUGAACCAACAGACUCAGAUAAGGCCAGCAAACCUUUUCUCUCUGAGGCUUGGAAAUCAUUGUCCUACACCUCUCCAAACCUGUCAGAGCUGUGCACUAUGAAUAAAACAUUGGGUUUGGAAGUACCUCAAGCACUACCAGAAUCCCUUGAUGAAGUGUUGGAACUUGCAAUGACUCUCUCACGCCCCCUUCUGGAGCACCUUCACUGUCUGAUAGUAACCCUGGGACCGUAUGGGGUCCUUGUUUGUGGCGAAAGUAAAGAUGAUUCAAUAUACUUGCAGCCAAGAAAAUUUAAAAUUAAAAGACAGCUGGGUGCUCUGUACUAUCCUGCUCUGAAUAUGACUGACAAAGAGAUUGUGAAUGUGUCAGGAGCAGGAGAUAGUCUGGCAGGUGCAAUGAUUGCAGGAAUGCUCCAGGGCAGAGAUGUAGACCGCUGCGUCCGAAUGGGGCUGUUGGCGGCACAACUAUCUCCCCGCCCAAUUUGGAGUGAGUCCCUUGAAGUGGAGUCGAAGCUAAAUACGGACAGGCUUCAUCACUCACCUGUGGCGCCAUAG